UGUUCAACUUCCUCAAUUAUGGCGGGUUCGUGUUUUUUCAAGCUCAAAUACGAAAUGAGUAGUUAUUUGCGCCGCUCGGGCGGCGACAUUGACAGCGAUUUGUCGAAUAUUCUCGUGCGCCAUUUUGUGAAUGCUAUGGAAUUUUGUGUUAAGUAAUCAACGCAAGGAAAUUUAAUUCGUGAUUCGUAACAAUGUCUGAGAAGUUGGUGGGGAAAACUGUUUUGAAACGACAUGAGGUUGCCAGGCCUGUUCACAUUCAGAGGCUGGAGGCCGCCUUGGAUGUGCGCCCAUUCGUGGGUCAAGUGGAGAGCAUCCUCAACUCUGAUGUGGCCUCUGACAGCGACGACGACUCCGAUGCCAAAUCCUUUGGAAAUGAGAUGUCAAAGGGCGACCGUAUGAUUCAUGGGGUGGUGACAACAAAGCAGGAACGCCAAAGUGACCGGCUCAGACUUUACAACUUCAGUUCAGUUGGAGAGGAGAGAGAAUGGCUCAGAGAUGUCCUACUAUCAUCAGGUUCAGAGACUAGCAGUGAUGAAGACUCGCCAAACAGUAAAGACAUGAGAAUACGGAGGUUAUUGAAAGAGAGGAAGUAUCAUAAUAGAUAUGCGAAGAGAUAUUAUAAGGAUCAAGGGAAUUCUCGCUACAUGUACUAUGGCGCCGGUCUACUAUCCACCGUGGAUCGCUAUCCAGAGCGUCGUAUCAGUCGACCAGUACCGCCUCCCCCUUCCACGAGAGGGCGCAGGGGUAGGCCUGCGGAGCGAGGAUCCUCAACUAGGGGACUACACAAAGCUAGACGAGGAAGGGUUAGAGAUGCGCGGAUGAAUGAGAGUGGAGAUAUGCCGGACGGUGUGGAUUGGGAAGACCAACUGCGUAGUCUGAAGGAAGAACCUGACAAUGACGAGUACACAAUGUCCACAGAUAAGCCUGGAGUCAGAGGUCGCAAAAAACUGUCAACUUUAAAGAGUCCAGAAGCCCUAACGGCUCGCAGACGACGUCACUGGCUGUUACUAGUAAAAAAAGAACUCGGAAAGGUUCAGAGAGCACGCACAGCCACCCACAGAGAAGUUAUGUUGCAAAGAAAGCGACUUGCGACCUUAUGUUGCAAGCAUUGGCGACAUAUUGCCAUGCAGUCUCAAAAAAAUAUGAAGGAAACAGUUUGGCGAUGCAAGCGGUUGAGUAGAGAAAUGCAAGCAUACUGGAGGCGAUAUGAUCGUGCUGAGAGGGAGACGAGACGGCGCAUGGAGAGAGAGGCAGAGGAACAGAGAAAGAUGGAUGUAGAACUAAUGGAAGCGAAGCGGCAACGACGUAAGCUGAACUUCUUGAUCACACAAACGGAGUUGUACGCGCAUUUUAUGCAGAAGAAGAUGAACUCUGGUGAUGAUGGAGACUGCGGAGCCGACAGGAUACUACGGCAGCUCGAUGAAGACAGAGACCCUAGACUAGCUGCUAUAGAUCAUUAUGAUAGUGAAGCAAUGAAAGCUCGAGCUUCACGAAACGCUCGCGAAGCUUUCCGUGCGGAGCGCGCUCGUACGCAACUGUUCGACUCAGCGGCCGGCGCCGGCGACGCGACCGACACGGACGGCGGCGCCGACGGCACUGACGCACAGGGCCGACGUAGUGGCGACCAUGAACAACCCUCUAUAUUCAGGGGGACGCUCAAGGGAUACCAACUUAAGGGCAUGAACUGGCUCGCUAAUUUAUAUGAUCAGGGCAUAAGUGGAAUUUUAGCGGAUGAAAUGGGUCUAGGAAAGACAGUGCAGUGCAUAGCAUUCCUCUGCCACGUGGCUGAGAGGUUGGGAGUAUGGGGUCCAUUCCUCGUCGUGUCUCCAGCAUCAACCCUUCACAACUGGCAACAAGAGAUGCAGAGAUUUGUACCUGAUUUCAAAGUGGUACCAUACUGGGGCAGUCCAAGCGAACGUAAGAUUCUUCGUCAGUUUUGGGAACGCAAAGAUCUUCACACUCGUCAAGCGGCCUUCCACGUAGUUGUGACGUCAUACCAAAUCGUGGUCUCUGACCUGAAGUACUUGAACCGAGUCUCUUGGCAGUACAUGAUACUAGACGAGGCUCAGGCCAUCAAAAGCUCGGCCAGUAUGCGCUGGAAAUUGCUACUUGGGUUUAGCUGUAGAAAUCGGUUAUUACUUUCCGGAACACCCAUCCAAAAUAGUAUGGCGGAAUUAUGGGCUCUGUUGCACUUUAUAAUGCCGACACUGUUUGAUUCGCAUGAAGAGUUUAAUGAAUGGUUCUCUAAGGAUAUUGAAAGUCAUGCUGAGAACAAGAGCACGAUUGACGAGAAGCAUUUAUCGCGACUACACAUGAUCCUAAAGCCGUUUAUGUUGAGAAGAAUAAAGAAAGAUGUUGAAAAUGAGCUGUCAGAUAAAAUUGAGAUUAUGGUGCAUUGCCCGUUAACUAUUAGACAGAAAUUAUUGUAUAUAGCUUUAAAAAAGAAAAUAAAAAUAGAAGAACUGUUGCAUUAUUCAGUAGGAGCGGAGUCAGGUCACAAUGUAGAUAAGAAUUUUACAUCUAAUCUAAUGAAUUUAGUUAUGCAGUUUAGAAAGGUAUGCAAUCACCCCGAGCUAUUUGAGCGUCGUGACGUCAGAUCUCCUUUCUCAAUGCAAGUCGACGACUAUCAUAUACCGAAAUUAGUAGCCGAGGAUUGUAUUUUAAUUCGAUCUACUCCUUCCAAUCGCCAUCUUAUAUACAACAAAUUGUCAAUCCUUGUACCGGAGUAUAUUCAAAGGAGUAAUAACGGGGAGUUUGGGAGUAAAGAGGAGUAUGAUGAUGGGUGCUUCGCGUUUAUGAGGUUCAUUGAUCUAUCUCCUAUGGAGUUGUACAGGAUUAUGCUCUGCGGAUGGCUGUUUGCGAUGCAGCAUAUCGAAAAUUGUUUAGAGAGAUAUGAGAAAUUACGUCAUCGUCACUCUUGGUGGAGUUCUUCGCUUGUGUCAGAUUUGAAGCAGGAAGAGAGUGAGACAGACCUAUGUAAUGACUACUGGGAUAGAGUGAAUAAGAAACAUAUGCUUCUUAUAUGUCCAGACGGUGACGUUUUGAGAAAGAGAAAGGAAGAUAGUUUGUUGUGGAAUGAUUUACUGUUUACUGAUCCCUUGUGGAUACAAGGUGGUCCAUUCUACACGCACACGGAACAUGUAAUUCAUUAUGUGCCUGAAACUAUAGAGCACAAAGCAAUGAGGAUAAGGAAUUUAAGAGACAGUCGACAGACGGAUAUGUUAAGUGAAAUUAAGACUGAAGAGGGCGGUGUGAUGGCGGUGCCCCAGCUUGAAGUACCGGACGUACAGUUUGUAGAGCGCUCGCCUGUAUCGUACGUAGACAUGCCUACACCACUACCCGGCUUCCUCUACUUUGCUCAACAAAAGGUUUGCACGUGUACGCGGCAGUCGUUCGCGGUGUCUCGUAGUUUCGCGUACCACUCCACUCGCCACGCGCAGUGCGAGAGCGGCGCGGGCUGGGACACCGUCUGGACUCUGCUGGGCCGGGCCAGGCCGCCGCAGGGGUGGGCAGACCUACAGGUGCCUGAUAAAAACCAGCUAGUGAGUGACGCAGGGAAACUGACAGCUUUGGACUCUUUGCUGAAGAGGCUGAAGGAGCGAGGACACAGAGUGCUCAUAUACAGUCAGAUGACCAAGAUGAUCGACUUGUUAGAGGAAUACAUGUGGCACAGAAAACACAAAUACAUGAGGUUAGAUGGAUCUAGCAAGAUUUCAGCUCGGCGGGACAUGGUUGCAGAUUUUCAGGCUCGCACAGACAUAUUCGUGUUUCUCCUAUCAACGCGCGCUGGUGGCUUGGGCAUUAAUCUGACGGCGGCAGACACUGUCAUCUUCUACGACUCCGACUGGAACCCCACUGUAGACCAACAGGCCAUGGACAGGGCACACAGACUGGGACAGACCAAGCAGGUCACCGUCUACAGACUUAUAUGUAAGGGGACGAUUGAAGAAAGGAUCAUGCAACGGGCUAGGGAAAAGAGUGAGAUCCAAAGAAUGGUAAUCAGCGGAGGAAACUUCAAACCAGAUACGUUGAAACCUAAAGAAGUCGUGUCUCUGCUUCUAGACGAUGAAGAAAUUGAACUCAAAUAUCGCCAAAAAUCAGAAGAGAAGAAAAUGAUGGAGGAGAGAGAACGUAAAAGAAAAUUGGGAUUAUUGCCGCAAGUUCAGCAACAACCGUCGGUGUCUGUAGAAGCGAAGCGUGCCCGCGACUCAGCGUCGGAGCCCGGCAGUCCGCUGCAAGUGGACGACGAUGGUGACAAACUCAUCGUUGACGUACCAUCGCCCGCACCUAUACCAUCGUACCCGGGCGCGGUCCGCGCGGGCGCGUGGGGCGUGUCCCGCGGGGCGCGCGGCGCGCGGCGCGGCCGGCCGCGCGGCUCC